AUGCCUUCCUUAGACUCUCUUGAUUUCUUCCUUUUCUCUCUCAGCAAUGACUUAUCCUCUCCAUUUGCCGUUUUUUUUCAGGCCCAGGGAUGUGUAAUUUGUUUACUCCUUGCUAUUGGGUGGGCUGGUGCCGCUUAUGUCAGGAAUAGAGAAAUAAAACGAAUAAAGAAUAGUAUGAAGAAUGGCAAUAGCUUUGCAUUCCUUUGCCAUGAGAUUAAUGAACUUGAGCACUCCAGUCAGGUCAAUCUGCCAAGAGUGACAGUCGUUAUGCCCCUAAAAGGGUUUGGAGAGCACAAUCUCCACAACUGGAGGAGUCAGUUAACAUCCCUUUAUGGAGGCCCUUUAGAAUUUCUUUUAGUGGUUGAAAGUACUGAUGAUCCUGCAUACCAUGCUGUAUCAAGACUAAUAGCAGAAUUUGAGGGUUCGGUUGAUGCUAGGGUUGUAGUAGCUGGUUUGUCAACAACUUGUAGUCAAAAAAUUCACAAUCAAUUGGUUGGAGUGGAUUCAAUGCAUAAAGACAGCAAGUAUGUAUUGUUUUUAGAUGAUGACGUUAGGCUACAUCCAGGAACAAUUGGAGCACUCACUCGUGAGAUGGAGAAAAACCCUGAGAUAUUUAUUCAAACUGGAUACCCUCUUGAUUUGCCAUCUGGAAGUCUAGGGAGUUACUGCAUCUAUGAAUACCAUAUGCCUUGUUCAAUGGGCUUUGCCACUGGUGGAACAACAUUCUUCUUGUGGGGAGGGUGCAUGAUGAUGCAUGCUGAAGACUUUAGGCGAGAUAAUUGUGGUGUAGUCUCAGGACUUCGGGAUGGUGGAUAUUCUGAUGAUAUGACUCUUGCAGCCAUAGCUGGAGCACACAAAAGGCUCAUUACUUCUCCUCCAGUUGCUGUCUUUCCUCAUCCCCUUGCAAGUGAUCUUAAUUUUGCAAGGUACUGGAAUUAUUUGAGGAAACAAACAUUUGUUUUGGAGUCAUAUGUAACGAGAGUUAACCAAAUAAUGAAUCGUGCAUUGUUUGCGGUUCAUUGUUAUUUGUCAUGGGGGUUUGCAAUGCCAUACUUUAUGGCAAUGAUUCAUGUUUUGGCAGAGCUAAGAUUUCGCUUUAAGGGGUACUCACUUGAAGAAACGACCUACACUUCUGGUGGGUUAACUUUGACGUGGUUCCUAGCCAUAUGCACUAUUCUUGCUCUUUCUUCAAUGGGGAACUUGACAAGGAUAGAAGUUCAACUUUGCAAUAUAUUGUCCCCAGAGACACCUCCACUUUCUCUUGCUACCUAUAACUGGUGUCUCGUAUUCAUUGCAAUGUUGGUGGAUAACUUUUUAUACCCACUAUGUGCAUUCCGUUCUCAUUUCUCUCAAUCUAUCAAUUGGUCUGGUAUUCGAUACUACUUGAAAGAUGGAAAAAUCAACAAGAUAGAAAGAGCACCAAAAAGCCAAGAUGUGGGUCCAGUUUUCACAGACUUGGGAGGGAAACAUUUAUAUGGCAAGAAAGGGUUGCCUACCAAGGGCUCAUUCCUCAGUUCUUUGUCCAAAAGAUUGUUACUAUGGCGUCAACCCAAGAGAUCCGAGUAGAAGGAAAUGGCUUCAUUCUGCAUACAAAGUCUCAAUCUCUAUUUUGUGUCAUGUUCCUACCCAAUUUUUGAGUAAUGAUGGAGAGUUCAGUUGGUCUUAUUUAUUGUUUAGUGAUUCAUGAUUUGAUUGAUUCUUUACACUGGUAGAAUCUUUGUUCCAUAUGUAUCAUUUUUAAUUACCCAUUCAAUCCCAUAUAUUUUCAGCCCAAGGCCCUCCCUCUUGUAAGCUGAUUUUGUAAUUGUAACAAUUCACUUCUGUAAUUUAUGUACAACAUGCAAGAAUUGCUAAACGUAUACAGUUUGCAAUUCACAUUCAAUUUCUCAAUACCAUAUUUUUGUUACACAUGACAUAAUAUACUCUUAUAACUUUGAGUAAACAAUACUUCUUUUUGAUGUUGUAAAAGUUAAAUUGAACAUAAGCUAGUACUCGGAUACCCAAGAGACCUAUGUGGCAUUGAUAUCAUAAUAUCCUUGUAUCACAAGAACAUGCUAGUGAUGAAUGACAAUUUACUAGCACGAGAGUACAAAUGAUUUCAUGCAUAUCAUUCUCAGUUUGCAUCACAUUCUUAUGUCAAAAUCAUGCAUUGAACU